AUGCGCCGCGUCUUCCACCAAAUUUUUGAUGAGAACACGUGGCUGGCCCCGGAAACGAAGGCCAAGCUCAAGCAGAGGCUCAAUGACGUGCAGGAGCGCUACGGCUACAAUAAGCACGCCCUCGACAGGCAGAAAAUCGACGAAUUUUACGAGAUGCAUCUAUUCGGUGAUCUCGUCACUGAUCCGAUGCGCAUCAACGCCGUGAAUUUGGCCGACAGAGCAAUCGUCAUCCCCAUCGGCAUCAUCACCACCCCGUUCUACGACCCGACGUGGCCACUCGAGUUCAACUACGGUGGCAUUGGGCAGAUCAUCGGCCACGAAUUCACGCAUACAUUCGACGAUCGAUCCGCCCUGCCAAAGGGGAAUGUGGGAAACGACACGAAGGAGUAUCGAGAGAAGGAGAAAUGCUUUGUCGAUCAGUUCGGAGGCGUCACUUACGGAAAUCCGCGGUUCAACAUCAGCAUUCAGGGCAACGGCAAGCUUCAGCACAAGGAGACGAUUGCCGACAGCAACGGGAUUCGGGUGGCUUGGAGGCCGGAAUGCGGAAGAACGCCUACCAUCUACCCCAAUCAAAACCGCAAGGAGCUCAGUUGGCUUCAUGAUGAGCACCCAAUCGGCAGCGUACGCGUCAACGAAAAGCUGAAGAACUUCAACGCGUUCGCCACGGCGUUUAAGUGCAAGUUGAACUCGACGAUGAACCCGGAGAAGAAGUGCAGGGUCUGGCGCUACUACCAC